AUGUGUCCAAGGCAAGAGGAUAACAUUGAAGUACAUGUACAUGUGCUUGCGCGCUGGUUUUGUUUGCUUCGAGUUUCCGCUCAUACACCAUACUCACCAGACUUCCUUGCAUCCCUGCCGAGCCAUCACUUCGAUACCACCAUGUCUUCCUCCAGCAGAACACUCACCAUGACUACCUCGGCCACGCGAGCAGCCUCCUCGGUUGCGUCUGCUGUGGCAACUCAACUCAACCGCGAUCAUCACCAUUCGGCAUGGCAUCGCUUCGGUCGAUGGGUACUGACCGGUGUGUUCGUUGGUGUAUUCGUCCUCGCAUUGCUUUUGGGAGUCUGCGUCUUCCUCUGCAUGAAGCGCAGAAAGAGCGAAAAGGCAGCCAAGGGCAGCACAGGAGGAACAGAAAUCACCUACAACAAAUGCCACAACGACGAUGGCCUCGUCGAGGACCGCUACGGAUCGCGAUCCACCCAUGAUACCAGGAGAAGUGCACCGGUCAUGAACAACGCUCCCGUCUAUGCAGUUCACCCGGCCAAUGUCACCGCGCCAGCAACGACAGGUGCCGAUCCCUACCACAACGUGACCGACCCUGCUACCAGCAACGGAUAUCACGUCACGAAUGGAGCUCCGGAGAUGGUUCAAGCGACUCACGGUACAGGUGCUGGGAACAACGUGCCACCGAUCGUUCACCCGUAG